CAUCAACCUCAACAUUCUGCUUACUCAACAGAACAAGGAACUUCCAUUUAAGAACGACGAAGAUGGAGGACCGAGCGCCUUCUACCACGACGACGGCACUGCAGCUGCCCAUCCUUCCUUUGGAUGGCAAGGUGCUCUUCCCGCGGACGUAUUUGCGCCUGGCCAUCACGUCCGCGUCUGCGCUGCAGCUUCUCAAGGACUUAGUGUGGGAAGUGCGUUCUCCCAAAACAUCCAAGCGGAAUACAGGCGACUCUGCGGCCUCGACAUCGCUUACACUGGCAAUCUUCACGCGUCGCGACAGCACUGAUGGCGAAUCAGAUCCCAGUCAGCUCCUAACCACAACGACGGAGGCCAAAGACGCAGUCUACAGCGUUGGGACUGUGGCGCGCGUCGUGCAACUCACGCGCAUGCAGGGCGGCGUCGCCGGGCUCUCGGUGCUUGUGCAGGGUCUUCACCGAGUGCAGCUACAGGAUGUGGCCCAGACUAGACCAUAUCUUGUGGGUUUGGUCCAGAGAAUAAUGGCUCCAGUGCCCGUUAAGGGAGCUAAGACGGAGGAAACAGCGCUUACAUUAGAGCAAUUAGCCCUCAGACUGAAGCACUUAACGCAGGAAUAUCUCGAGACAGCUAAAAGCGCGCCACUGUUGCGUCGAAGUAAUGGACUAGUGGACGCCAUUGGCAACUCGUCGGCCGGAGAACUGGCUGACGUGGUGGUGUCCUAUCUCAAUGUAGGAGUGGACGAGAAACAGCAGGUGCUAGAAGCUGUGCCCAUCGCUCUUCGGUGUGAACGUGCCGUUGCUCUAUUAGAGCAGGAAACGGAGAAAGCGCGAUUGCAACGCAAAAUCCAGAGUGAGGUGCAGGAUAAGUUAGAAGGUACUCGCAAAGAGUUUCUUCUCAGACAGCAGCUUGAAGCCAUCAAGAAAGAAUUGGGAGAAACUGGAGAUGACGGAGCUGGAGGAGACAAUGCAGGCGAGAUCAAAUUGCUAGAAGACCGUCUUAACGCUCUGACACUGGACCCCAAGGCUUCCAAGAUCGCUCAGCGUGAGCUGCGUCGACUGAAAGGCAUGACUGCGAUGCAGCCAGAGUAUGGCAUCCUCCACAAUUAUCUCGAGUUUUUCUCUGAGCUACCAUGGAACACAUCUACCGCGGAUUCCUUAGUGGUGGAGCGAGUUCGCAAGCAACUCGACGCAGAUCAUUAUGGACUGGACAAGGUGAAGAAGCGCAUCACCGAGUACAUUGCUGUGCGUAGUCUGAAGCGUGAUAUGCGCGGUCCUAUUCUGUGUCUUGUUGGACCUCCAGGUGUCGGUAAAACUUCACUGGGACGCUCGAUUGCUACGGCCACUAACCGCAAGUUCGAGCGAAUAGCGCUUGGUGGAGUUCACGAUGAAUCAGAGAUCCGAGGCCACCGCAAAACGUACGUUGGUGCUAUGCCUGGAUGCAUUUUGAAUGCUCUUCGUCAUGCUGAGACCAACAACCCGGUAUUACUGCUGGAUGAGGUGGAUAAGCUGGGUAAGGACUUCCGAGGUGACCCAGCUAGUGCACUGCUGGAAGUGCUGGACCCCCACCAGAACAACACUUUUAGCGACCAUUAUCUCAACGUCCCGUUUGACUUAAGUCGGACCCUUUUCCUUGCAACAGCCAAUAGCUUGGACACCAUUCCAGGACCGUUGCUCGACCGCAUGGAAGUCAUUGAGCUAAGUGGUUACAGUGUGGAGCAAAAGGUGGAAAUCGCCCGUCGUUAUCUCCUUCCACAGCAAAUUGAGGCGAACGGUCUACUUGAGGACAUGGUACGCAUUUCAGAUGAAGCGUUGCAUUACCUUAUCAUGCGAUACACACGCGAGGCUGGAGUACGUGACUUGGAGCGGCAAGUCGGUGCACUCUGUCGUUACGUGGCUGUGGAUGUUGUGCGCGAACUGGAUGAGAGUGAUGAGAAGCAGAAGCUGGAGGAUGUCGAUAACUCUGAUCGGCUGGCCUCGUUUGAUCCGAUCUUCAUCGACAAGAAGAUGAUCCGCUCCAUUCUUGGGCAUGAACUAGUGUUUAAUGAAAUGGCACUGCGCUCUAGCGUUCCUGGGGUGGCGACUGGCAUGUCGUGGAGCACAGCGGGAGGUUCUAUCUUGUUCGUUGAGGCCUCAUGCACACGGCACGCACCCUCUGAUAAGGUUGUCACGUCGUCUACCUCAGCUUCGGUGAAUACAGCUCCUACCUUGCAACUCACUGGCAAAUUGGGCGACGUUAUGAAGGAAUCAGCACAGCUCGCACUCUCCUGGCUGCUGGUGAAUGCACAUCUGAUUGAGCUUCCAGUGGAAGAGAGCACGUCAGCGGAAGCCGGCGAGUUGUCGGGCCCUAACACUCUGUCAUUGGAUGGCAUUUCAAGUGUCCAUGUCCACUUUCCUGAAGGAGCCAUCCCCAAGGAUGGUCCAUCUGCUGGUGGUGCUAUUGUAUGUGCUCUACUAUCGGUGAUUUCGGGCCUCUCGGUUCCUGUCGACAUCGCUAUGACUGGAGAAAUCACCCUGCGCGGCGUCAUUCUGCCGGUCGGUGGCAUCCGGGAGAAGGUCCUGGCAGCAAUUCGCGCUGGUAUCAAGCGAGUGAUUUUACCGCGUGGAAACAAAAGUGAAGCCGAGGAAUUGCGCAAAGAGUUCACAGGUGUAUCCACUGGAAGUUCACGCGAGCGCAAUGACCAUGUGCAGUUGCUGUUUGUGAGUGACCUGCGCGAGUUGAUUCAGCUUGUCUUUCACAUGAAAGUCCGCAAGGAUCCUGGCGUGCGCCGACUCAAAGGCACCAGAGCUAGCGGAGGCGUUGACUACACAUCGGACCCAGUGCUACUCAGCAUGUUGUAGUCAUUGGAUGCACUAUCAUCGAUUAUUUUUUUUUAUUGAUUGCAAUGAAUAACACGAAGGGUUUGUCUUUGAUC